AUGUCCAGCAGUCGUUGGAAUUCUAUAGAUUCACUGGAUGAGCGACCUGGCCACAAGGAUGACAAGCCCAAGAUUCCCAAUCUAGCAUCUGACAUCCUAAAACUACCUUCAUACAAUCUGAUGUGGCUUGACAAGGGAAGAGAGUGGGAACUUGAAUUUUCAGGGAAACCCUCCAGCCCGGAAAAAGAUAAAUCUAUGAACGGAAUAAAUCGAGCGGCAUAUGAGAUUGCAAAACAGUAUGCUGGUAUAUGGCGUGCAAUCUUAUGGAAAUACCAUUCACAUAUUCGCUAUGAAUAUGCCAUUUCUAAAUAUAUAUGUCGUUUGUUUGAUCUGUUCGCUGGAACUACCUUGCCGGAGAGAGAGAUAAAGCAAAUCCAAAAUCUGAUUGACAGAUUUUGGAAUAUAAUAAGGAAUGCUGUGAUAAAGGUAGUGGAAAAGUUGAUUCAAGUCGAUGCGAUUGCGUGUGUGAACAGAGGUACUGAAUAUGAAGAACGUAAGGAGCAGAUAGAAAAGUCAAUUAAACCAAUCGCUGUAGCAAGUCCGCGAAAGUCAAAACAAAGGUUGUUCUUCCUAGGAGUUUAG